UGAAUUUUUUUUCAAAAAGACAAUAGAUGUUUUAUUUUCCCGUCGGUUUACAUGUUUUUCUUUUCCUCCGCCUCGCUCUUCUAAACGUUUCCCGCCAUUAAAUUCCUAUUAUGCUCCGGAGACAGUAAACGUUAAUAUUGAUAAUAUUGUCGAACUAUACCGUCACCGCUGCUCAUGCCGAAAAGAAGAUUUGAAAUGUUUGGCACUUUAAGAGAAAAACUCCACAGCGUUGUUCAAGAAGGACUAUCCGCCAGUCUAAGAGGCUUAUCUGUAAAUGAAGUGAAUAUUGUACCAUCUUCUAAUGACCAACAACCUGUUAAUUAUGAUGCUGGUGCUGAUUUAUUGCAUAAAUAUCAGACUGAAUGGAACCAACUGCACUUAUUAGCUGAAGACAAUGCACAUAAAGCUGAGGAAGUAAAUGAAAUGAUCAGCCUUUUACACCAUCAAAUGAGUGAACAGUGGAAAAAAAUGGACACCAUUACUUCUUGCAUAAAUGCAAUGCCUCAGUUAGUGAAGAGUAUUGAAAAUGCUAUUAAUGACAUGGAAAAUAUUAAAACCUUGAUCAACGAUGUAGAACAUCAGUUAUUAAAACUUGAGGAUGUAGUUGAGGAGCAAGAACUACAAGAACAAAUGUUAAAUGAGCGGUUUCAAUUGGCUGUUUACCGGUCAAGGAAAUUAAAAGAAUUAGAAAAAAUUAGCGAUGAUUUAGAAGCUGAGCAUAAAGAAAAAGUAGUAGAUUUGGAACAAAAGAUAAACAUUAAACUCAAAGAAAGACAAGAAAUUUUCAAUCAAGUGUUCCAACAAGAUAUGCGACAAUAUAUUAUAUCUGGUAUUAUUCCAGUGAUGAAAAGUUCUGGUAAUAAUGGACGUGAUGAAGUUUCACUUGAAGAUAUAGAGAUAGAGGACGAUACAGAUGCACUGAAUGAACUUCUAAACUCUUGACGGUUUGUUUCAAUUUUGAAUGUGAUUGUUUAAAGAAUAAUAUAUUUUUCUUUAUGAAUUUGUCUUCCAAGCUGUCAGUUAA